UCAGCAGACAGCUCACAGCAGACAAGAAAAAAAAUCCCUCUCUCAAACGAAAAGCCCGCCGCACUCGUAUCCUUAUCUAUUUUUGUCCCAAGAGAACAAUAUUCUUCGCAGUCACAUUCUGCAGCGGAAAAUCCAAGUAGACCUUGCCGGCGACCGGUAUUCCAACGCACGCUACAUUUCGUCAGUUGUAUCUGAGCAGUGAAAGUGAACGGUUUUCGUUGGGAACGCCUACAGUGUACCUUGUACUAACAGAUUUCAAAUUUUUGUGUCAAACCGCUAAACAACUAGAGCAACAAAAAAUGGCCCUCGCCGAAAGCACCACCAAGACUGAAAUGACCAUUACCGAAUCAUCGACUCCGGUCAUCUCGAAGGAAGUCGUCGUCGAGCGGUCUUCGGCCGGACUUUCCGAGAAGAGUGUCACCCAAUCCAAGAGCUACGGUGCCAGCAGCGAGAAGGAAAUCGUCGAAGAGGGUGCCAACUCCCUUUCCAAGACUGUCGAAAAAUCCGAAUCUGCCUUUGCAUCGGAACGCAGCGUAUCGUCCAAGGUGACCGAUACGGGAUCCCUAAACUCAUCCUCGUCGCUGCUGUCUUCCUCGUCGGUUGUCAGCUCCGUUUCAAGCAGCAAGGUCGUCUCCUCGUCGUUCAGCUCGAACACCUCCUCCAGUCUAUCGAGCAUUAAGUCAUCUUCGUUCGAUUCCAGCAGUGCCAUCGAUGAGUUCUUCAAAAACUAAUAACCAUGACAUUUUCUGUUUCGAAUGAAACACGUGUGAUUGCUUGAUAUAAUUCGAUAAAUAUGGAAUACUCGUUCGAUUGUAGACACAUUUUUCGUAUCCCGUUUCCUGUGAGGAAUUUUUAUUUUCAAAUGCAUUAUAUGUAUCCUAUAAGAAAUCAAAUAAAAA